ACAAUCUUAAAUCGUGGUUUAUAGGUCUAUCAGGCUUGUGGCAUGGCGUAUUUUCGUUUCGGAUAAACGGCAGCACUGCUUCCGCAUACUGUGUUGUGGAUUGGCUAGUCGACGGCGAAGGGCCAAUUCGUGGUUGCUGUCUGACGUUUGCGCGCUGUCUCAUACUCUCAUUGGUGACGAGUAUUUCGGCCAAUCGUUGGAAUAAUCUCCGGACCAAUAUCCCGCUGUCCAAUUGGAAUCCAUCAGUCAUGGACCAACAGAUCGGCUCAGACGGACACAUGACCGUCGUCCAAGCGAUCCCGACGUCCAACAAUCAAGUGCAAGUCGUCCAGGCUGGCCAGGUGAUACAGAGCGCUAACGGUCAGCAGAUCGUCGUGCAUGCCGUGCCUCAGAAUGCUGGUCAGUCUGUACACUUGGGUUCGCCGGGCAACCAACAGUUGCAGCUGCUCCAACUGCCUGUACAACAGCAGGCGCAAGCACAGUUAAUUCAGACACCCGAUGGACAAACGUUUAUUUACCAGCCCGUACAAGUCGACAAUGGUCAAUCAAUUGCCCAACAACAAACCCAACCAACAUUAAUAAGCAUAAAUGGAAAUAUCAUGCAGUUAUCCAGUCCACCGUCUGGUGGUUCUCCAACUGUCACUCAAACAGCUACUACUGUAGCACAAGGAGUUCCUCAAAAUCAACAGAACAUUGUUAUGAUGGUGCCAAAUGGAAAUGCCUCCAAUAAUACUCAAUUUCAGAGAGUACCCACAACAGCAGAGUUCCUUGAAGAAGAGCCUUUGUACGUAAAUGCUAAACAGUACAAAAGAAUACUGAAAAGAAGGCAAGCACGAGCAAAAUUAGAGGCAGAAGGGAAGAUACCAAAAACUCGACAAAAAUAUCUGUAUGAAUCACGCCACAAACAUGCCAUGAAUCGUAUACGAGGAGAAGGAGGCCGUUUCCAUUCAGGAUCACUGAAGAGAAUGAGUAUGGCAAGUAGUAAAAAUAUGCAAAAUGAUGACUGUAACAUUCGAAUGGACAAUCAUAGUUAUCAUGUAACUAUUAAACGCCAAAUUGAUGAUGAUCAAAAUUUGCAAUCACAUAAUGGAUUAGUUUAUAGCAUAAGUGGCUAAUAAAAAACCGAUUUUCUCAAUUGAACUAAGAGUAAUGUGUUAACUGUUAAAUUUAAAGUGUUUUUUAAUUAACUUAAUUACUUGUAACUUUUGUAAGACUACAUUUAUUAUUUACUUUUUUUCUUUUAGUAUAUUUUGUUGAACACUGUAGUCACCUCACUUAAGUACCUUUAUGAGAUAAUCAUUAUUUUUUUUUUUUUUAAUUGAAUAAUUAAGUUUCCAACCUUUUAUAUCUAAGUAGAUUUUUUUUUUUAAAAAUGUACAUAUUAUUUAUAAAUAAUUAAAUAAAUAAAAUAAUUUUUUUUUUU